ACCCGGGCUUUCCCUCUCGUACCCGUAAGUUCGACAGUCACCCUCAUUGACCCUCUGUUGGAGUCAUGUGUGAAAACCGUUAACGGCAUUCACAGCGGCUCUCUCUCUCAUAUUUUGUGCGAAUCAUUCGUCGUUUGGAAGCGACCAACUCAGGGGCUUAGUUGAAGAAGGAGCCUUUCCCAGGUUGGGUGUACUUGGUACGCUUCGAAGGUGAAUCGGAGAUCGUCGACGCGGAAGAAGCCAGAAGAUGUCCUACUACUCCUCAUCCCGCAGUUCGUCCAGGGCAACCGACUGCAAGGUCUAUGUGGGUGACCUCGGUAAUGGAGCCGCCAAAGGGGAGUUGGAGCGGGCCUUCAGCUACUAUGGCCCACUGCGGACCGUCUGGGUGGCCCGUAACCCACCAGGGUUUGCUUUUGUGGAGUUUGAGGACCCAAGAGACGCUGAGGAUGCCGUGAAAGGCAUGGAUGGAAAGCUCUUGUGUGGCUCACGUGUACGUGUGGAGAUGUCAACAGGCAUGUCCAGAAAAGGCCGUGGACGCCCCAGCCGACGUCAGUUCGAUCCGAAUGACCGCUGCUACCAAUGUGGCGACCGCGGCCAUUACGCCUACGACUGCUACCGCUUCAGCAAGCGAGGAGGAGGCCGCCGUAGCAGGUCUCGUUCCCGCUCUCGGUCACGCUCCAGGUCUCGAUCUCGAGGACGCCGCUACCGAUCCCGUUCUCACUCUCGCAGCCAUAGCCGCAGCCGGAGCCGUCGUCGCUCUCCAUCCUACUCAAGGCGCAGAAGCAGGUCUGGCUCUCCGGCGCGCUCCAAGUCCAGGACGCCAAUGAGAAGUCGCUCCAGGUCCCGUUCUCGGUCCAGGUCUGCACCAAGAGGGCGCUCCGCCUCCCGUUCCCGCUCUCGAUCCCCCUCGGCCAAUCACAAGAGGAACAGUGUGUGCUGGGAGCUGCGCACUGCGCUGACACUACAGCUGAUCCCAGGCCCAGGGUCUGCCAGCUGGCGGUGUGUACAUCCUGCGGGAGGGUGACUAAGCGCUGACCUGAGAUCAGCCUUCGCCUGGCGUUAGACAGCGAGAACCUCCCCCCGCACAGUGAAUGGGUGACCGUCUGUCCGACCGACGCACACGCUCAGACGAGAUCAGCCCGUGCACUCUUACAAUUGUUCUCCUAGAGUCACCCAAGGCCACCAGCCAGCCGGCAGAUCUACCAGAGCGCCGACACGAACAAUUCAGAGUUCGACCAUUUAAAAUCCAUUACCUACCUACCAGACCCCCUACUACCUACCUCCCAGAGCUCUGCGGCCUCUGUCUUAGCUUCUGAAAAUGAGAGCGAGCUGACCAGAGAUCAGUCUACAAGAGCGUAGUCAUCCGUCCUUCAGUGCUUUCGUCCUUCGCUUCUCUGUACUUGUUGUUUCUGCCAGUGUCUCCAAAGGUAACGACAACCCCCCAUUUACUUCCCCACCCCAUCCUCUAUAUCUACCCUACCCUUUCUCCCAUGACAAGCUCUUAUCUAUGGUCAAAGCAAAUGCAUAGGCUUGACACUGGGGACAUGGGUGGUGACAGAGUAAAAGUUGAGAAUGAGCAUGCUCGAGAGUGCUGUGAGUGAGUGUUGUCUCAGAGCGCAUGAGGUAGAUGGGCAGAAAUCUUCAUCUGAAGCUGUAUGUGCCGCAGGCCAGCCAGACAAGUUGUACUCCUUACCACCCUCCAUCCCCAUGGACUCUUCAGCGCUGUUGAAGGGAGCAGUGUUGCAAUUUUGUCCCCACAGCUCAAGCUGUUGCCCACUUUUUAGUAGUGAGACACACUGGUUUGACUUUGCAUUGGGGCUGCCAUCAUUCAGUCCUUAUUUUAGACAUCACAAGUUGUUCACCAAGUGACUUAGCUGAGUGAAUGCGUUAUGUUGUGUGAGGGUGUUUGUCUUCGGUCUUCCAUUCUCCUCUACAGCAAACUGAUUCCUCUGUGUUUCUGUUUCAGUCGUUCCCGUUCAGCAAGUCAAAACCGAAGUCCAACACCAGCCGCCAACUGAGUGAAGAACAAGACUAAUGCAACACCCCCCAACCCCGUCCGGUUUUAUAACAGCCCUCCACAUUGAUUUCCAUGUCAGGUCGCAUUUAAUUUCGAGAAACAAUGUGCAGUUUGAGAGGACGUUCUUCCAUGGUCUUUCAUGUCGUUUUGUUGUUGGUCCAAGAUAAAUAAUGUAGUGGGCUUUUUAACCAAUUCAAACACUUUGAGUCCUUAGUAUCUAACAUUGAACCAUCCAUGAAGCAGAUGAACCUGGCCUGUAUUCCUUCAUAAAUUACAUUUCUGUACUGCACCCCUACCCCCAUGCACGAAAUGCAUUUCAUGCUUUUGAUUUUCACUUUGUUUCUGUGUAUUUUACAUUUGGUUUGAGGUGAUUUUUGUGUUUAUUUUUGGAAGGGCUGCUUGGACAGUUCAGUGCUUCUUUGGUUGUUAAAACAGUGGCAGUUUUAUUUUUAAAUAAAUCUCUCCAACAUAA